AUGUCCCACAUGAGCGAAUCUACCAAGUCCUCCAAGUCUCACAAGAGCAAGUCUCACAAGAGCAAGUCGCGCAAGAGCAAGUCGCGCAAGACAAGCAGUAAGUCAAUCUUCUCAAGCAUGACGAUGCCCACCAUCACCAUCCCCAGCAUGACGAUGCCCACCUUCACCAUCCCCAGCAUGACGAUGCCGAGCAAGAACCAAUGCGGUUUAGCCGCUUUCCGCACCGUUGUUGCCCUCAUUUUCCUUCUCGUCAAUUUUGCCCUUGCCUUUAUUGUGAGAUUCGCAGUGUACCACCCCUUGUGGGCCUGCUUUAUCAGUGCAAUGGUCAUCAUUUUCACCGUCCCGGGUUACGAGAAUGCGCGUUACGAUGUGAUCUUUGUUGCUAAGAUUGCUGUUCUUCUGGCUUGCACAGUUGUGCUUUUCGUUACUUUUGUCUUGUGGAAGCUCGUCAACCACUUCCAUCCGUUGCCUCCCAUCACAUUCUCGCUCAAGUCCGUCCUACCGUACCUCUGCCCCGAUUCCUCGCCGCGUCCCUUCCCGCCACCUCCUCGAUCUGACGAUGAUCAGGAGCUAGGUGCUGCCACAGAGCGCGCGUGAACAAAAAAAAAGUACGACGACGAGAAAGCCGCGAAGGACGACGCAUUCCGCGCACAAGUACGACGACGAAGCCGCGAGGGAGG